UGUUAAACCCCUUGAGGAGCCUGAGGUCUCGCACAACCUUUACAAUGAUCAAAAUCAAUAUUACUCUCCGUCUCUCUGAUCCAGGCCAUACGAAGUGUGUGAAGAGCCAUCAGAGCCUCGCAUGGUGCAGCACACCCUCCAGUGUUCCAAUCACAAGACGGGAACAGACUAACCGGGCGGCAGCCAUGUCUCUCCUGCCCUUAACCAACCCUCCCGGCUGGAGUGUGUGCUCUGCUCUCUGUAUCCUCAUCAUGUUGCUUCCAGAGGCCACAGCAGACAACCUGGGCACUACGAACCAGCGCAAUGGUGGAGGAUCCCAGUGUGGAGAGUACAGUAACCAGAUGAUGGAGGACGGCAUGUGCCGGCUGGUGGCCACGCUGCCACAGCUGGACGAGCAGAAGUGCCCCGACAUGUUCCGCUGCACGGACGAGGUCUCCUAUUGGCUGCACGAGAACGAGGAGAGGAAGCAGCAGAUUGCGGCGCUGAAGGAGACCAUCUCCGAGCUGCAGGAGGAGCUGAGGAACCACCGGCACCGCAUCAAAGUCCUCGAGCUGCAGAGUGGAGAGAGGAUGCACUUGAACACCUCCUUGGAGCAGCGUUUCCAUGAGAUGGAGGUUCACUAUGCCGAGGCCACCACCCUGCUGCACCUGCAGGGCACGCUGAUCCUGGACCUCCAGAGCCAGCUCCACAAUCUGACACUCUUGCUGGACAAAGUGAAAAGCCACCCUGGCUGCUUGAUCAACAUCGUCCGGCCCAACUCCCUGAUGAACGCUCAGGAGGCUCUGCACCCGGAGAUCCAGCAUGUGAGGAACUGUCCCAUUGACUGUGCCUCCAUCUACUACAAUGGAGUGAGGAGAUCAGGUCUCUACACAGUGGUGCCGUCGCUGGCCGGCAUGUCUGUGGAGGUCUACUGCGAUAUGGACACGGACGGUGGUGGCUGGACGGUGAUCCAGCGGCGUGUUGACGGCUCUGUGAGCUUCGACCGCAGCUGGAGGGAGUACAAGGACGGUUUCGGCGACCUGCACUCGGAGUUCUGGCUGGGCAACGAACACAUACAUGAGCUGAGCACCCAGGGAGACUACAGCCUCCGCAUCCACCUGGAGGACUGGAGCAACAAGCACAAACACGCCCUCUACCAGAGCUUCAGUGUGGAAGACGAGGAGCAUCAAUACCGCCUCCAUGUGUCGGGCUUCAGCGGGACGGUGCAGGACUCUUUCAGCUGGUACCACGACAAGCAGGGCUUCAGCACCCCUGACAGUGGCAACAUCUGCGCAGAGAUCUCCCACGGCGGCUGGUGGUACAACCAGUGCUUCUACGCCAACCUCAAUGGAGUCUACUACAGGGGAGGCCACUACACCCCUAAAGGCCGGGGGCCGCUGGGUCCUGACGGCAUCGUUUGGUACUCCUGGAAAGACUCUGACUAUUACUCCCUGCGCAAAGUCAGCAUGAUGAUCCGGCCACGCAGCUUCAGAACCCGUCUGUCACCCUGAGCCCAUGGGUGACGAUGACAGAGCUCAUCAGGAAGGAAGCAAAUGACUGUUUCUGUUGAGAGUCAACCUACACGCUGACCUGGAAGUUGGAGAGAACUUAGAGAACUCAAGUGUUCUCGAAACUGUGGACUCGUUUUUUUUUUUCUGCUGUAUAUUCUCCAAAAAACACUUUAUACUGUAGAGUUCUUUUUGGGACAUUUUUCAUUCAGUCUGUUGGAAGAGAGUUCUUCCUCAUUUUCUACGUCUAUUUUGUAUCUUUUAGUUUGAUAUUUUGACACACACUGUUAGCAACCCAGCCAAAAAAAAAAAAAAAUUAAGAAACUAUGAAUGAAGUAUGGCUAUGAAUUUAAUCUAUUGUGUAAUAUUUGAUUGAAAUUAAAAGUGUUUCAAUUAGAAAUGGGAUGAUACAAGAUAUCAAGGGUUGUGGUAUAAAACCCUCAGGAUUAGGUGAUCAUGUUGAAUUUCCUCCCAUUUAUGACUUAAAAUCAGCUGUCUAGCCCAUAUCGUACAGUCCUUUAUUAAUGUCCUGAUUUAUUUUAAAUUGGAUGUGUGGAAAUUUAAGAAAAAAAAUAUAUAUACACACCCAGCAUUCAUGCAGAGGGAACCUUAUGAUUUAUGAUUGACACUGUUUUCAAAGUCCACUGAAGAAGAUGUGUCCCAUCUGUGAU